AUGGAAAGCAGAUAUGAGAAUGAAGAAGAGGAAGAGCAAAACUGGAGGCUUUCCGGACCACAUUCUGCUAACUUGCUGUUCACGAAGGCAGACGUGGAGGUUGAUGUGGCGGCCGGAGCACAGCCGAAGAAAAGAACAUUCAAGAAGUUCAGUUUCAGAGGCGUGGAUCUGGACGCGCUUCUCGACAUGUCCACUGAUGAACUCGUGAAGCUCUUCAGUGCUCGUGCUCGUAGAAGGUUCCAGAGAGGACUCACCAGAAAGCCCAUGGCCUUGAUUAAGAAGCUCCGCAAAGCGAAAAGGGAAGCACCCGCAGGUGAGAAACCAGAGCCAGUGCGCACUCAUCUCCGCAAUAUGAUUAUUGUCCCUGAGAUGAUCGGUAGUAUCAUUGGAGUGUACAAUGGGAAGACCUUCAAUCAGGUUGAAAUCAAACCCGAAAUGAUUGGCCAUUAUCUUGCCGAGUUCUCCAUUUCGUACAAACCGGUCAAGCACGGUAGACCUGGUAUUGGUGCUACUCACUCGUCUAGGUUCAUUCCUCUCAAGUGA